AGUAGCCCGAACCCUAAGUCUUUGGAGUUUCUUAAAUUGUUCUCACCAACAUCCAGGAGGGGGGGCUCCGCUCCCCGGAUCCUGCCCCGCGAAAGGUCUGUGUGUGGCCCCGGUCUCUCAGUCACCUUCUCUUUCCUUGUCCUGGCUCCAUUCUCCGGCCCCCCCGAUGAGAGCUGAGUCAGAGCGACUUCCCCGCUUCCCCUCUGCUCCCAGUGCCUCCCAUGGGGGCCCCCCUCAGCCCCAUCCGUUCGUUGGUCACUCCCAUUAGUCCUCUCCGCCCCCCUUGUGGGGCGGGGAGCCCAGAGGCUGGGGGAGGGGGUGGACUUUUGGCCCGUUCCCGUUGCUUCCCUCCAUCUCCGCGUCAACAGCUGCCCGGCGCUCUGGGCUCAUUCCUCUGCCCGGACCUUCGGGGAAGCAGGAACCCAGAGGGAGGGCAGGGGGCGGAAGCCGGGGGGGGGUGGGGGCAGAUCUGCACCCCAGGUUGCUGCUGGCCCCCCCUGCUCUCUCCACCUUUCUCUCCAGCCUGCCUUAACACCCCUCCUUAGCCAAAGCCCCUCAAGUUCCCUUGGGGCUCAGCCCCUCCCCUCCUCUGGGGCCCCAGGCGCCCCUCAGGGCCCUGCAUCUCACCAUGUCGGUGGCCGUGGAGAUCUUCGGCUUCUUCAUGGCGGCCCUGGGGCUGCUGAUGCUGGGGGUGACCCUGCCACACAGCUACUGGCGAGUGUCCACCGUGCACGGGAGCGUCAUCACCACCAACACCAUCUUCGAGAACCUCUGGUUUAGCUGUGCCACCGACUCCCUGGGAGUCUACAGCUGCCGGGAGUUCCCGUCCUUGCUGGCCCUCUCCGGGUACCUCCAGGCCUGCCGGGCGCUCAUGAUCACCGCCAUCUUCCUGGGCUUCCUGGGCCUCUUCCUAGGCAUGGCGGGGCUGCGCUGCAUAAACAUCGGGAGCAUGGAGCUCUCCAGGAAGGCCAGGCUGGCCGCCGUCGCAGGGGCCCUGCACAUACUGGCUGGUUUCUGCGGGAUGGUGGCCAUCUCCUGGUACGCCUUCAACAUCACCCGGGAAUUCUUCGACCCCUUGUAUCCCGGGACCAAGUACGAGCUGGGCCCCGCCCUCUACCUGGGCUGGAGCGCUUCCCUGCUCGCCAUCCUGGGCGGCGUCUGCCUCGGCUCCACCUGCUGCCGCACUCCCGACGCGGCCCCGGCCCCCAGGCUCCCCUACGAGGCCUCCGCGGUGCGGUCCCCCGGCCUCGCCGCCCCCCUGCACCCCGCGGUCUCGGACGAAGAAGGCGACAGCAGCUUUGGCAAAUACGGGAAGAACGCUUACGUGUAGAAGGCCCGUGGACCCCGUGCCCCUGCCUCUGCCCCCAGCGGCCGGAGGUCCCGCCAACCCCGGGCUGCAGGCCACGCCCCGACUCCGCCCCGUGCCCCCGAGCCACGCCCGGCUCUGACCGCGCCUCCUUCGUCUGACCGAGAACCUGCCUCCUGAGAACUCACCUCGGACUCCUGAGGCAGGACCUUCUGGGGCUGGGCUCUGGUUGGUUAAGGGAGCAGAGGCGACCCCGACUGUUUGUAUUCUGUGUGAUCUAUGCAGAAAUAAAUUUGUACUGUGAACUGUU